GAGGACGCGGCGGGCGGCGCUUCCUUGGCUGCUCCGCUUGCAGUCGGCGGAGCCCGCCGAGCCCAGGUCUUCCACUUCCGCCGGCCGCUGCCAGGAGCGGAGCCCGGAGAAGUCGGCGGCCGCCCCGCAGCCGCGCGUCCGCCUCCCGCCCUCGCCUUCCCUCGGAGUCCAGCCGGCCGUCCCAGGCCCCGCUCUGCCGAGCCCGCAGCCCACGCCGCGGCCGACAUGAGCUUCUUGUUAUGAGGGCAUUGAAUCUACAGAAACUGGAGUGCCACGUGAUUACUGUGACCUGAAUCUGGGUUCUCUGGGAGAUCUUGGUAGUCGCUCUUCGAAAACUUUUAAACCAAAGAAGAACAUCCCAGAGGGUUCUCACCAGUAUGAGCUCUUAAAACAUGCAGAAGCCACACUUGGCAGUGGCAACCUGCGGAUGGCCGUCAUGCUUCCUGAGGGAGAGGAUCUGAACGAGUGGGUUGCAGUUAACACUGUGGAUUUUUUCAAUCAAAUCAAUAUGCUUUAUGGAACCAUCACAGACUUCUGUACAGAGGAGAGUUGUCCGGUGAUGUCAGCUGGACCAAAAUAUGAAUAUCAUUGGGCAGAUGGAACAAACAUAAAAAAGCCUAUCAAGUGCUCUGCACCAAAGUAUAUUGAUUACCUGAUGACCUGGGUUCAGGACCAGCUGGAUGAUGAAACGUUAUUCCCAUCAAAAAUUGGUGUUCCAUUCCCGAAGAAUUUCAUGUCCGUGGCAAAAACAAUUCUCAAACGACUCUUUAGAGUUUAUGCUCACAUUUAUCAUCAACAUUUUGACCCUGUGAUCCAGCUUCAGGAGGAAGCACAUCUCAAUACAUCUUUCAAGCACUUUAUUUUUUUUGUUCAGGAGUUCAACCUUAUUGACAGAAGAGAACUUGCACCACUCCAAGAACUGAUUGAAAAACUCACUUCAAAGGACAGAUGAAAGGAUGAAAGCCGUUAAUUCUUCCUCCCCUGGAGCUGUGAGGGGUUUAUUUGGGCUUUGUUAUAUUUUGUUUUUAUCUGGAUUGUUUGUGUUUUAGGUUUGGGGGCUUGCUUGGGUUCCCUUUUUUCUUCUGAAUAUAUAAAAUUAUGUUUUGUUUCUAGAGGAAGCCAAGAACCAUUCUCUACCUUUGAAAGGGGCAAAUUUUAUCUUAGUGGUGUACAGUAUUUUUUUUUUAUAUAUAUAUUUUACUUUUAUUAACCUGGUUUUGGUUACUUGAGGAAUUUUUAUGAUAUUGUACUCUGGACACAAAUACUAACUGAAAUGCCGAUGGGUUGGAUUCUGUGUUGUGUAAAUUGUGGCCCACUUUGAAGUCCCUAAAACAGACUUACGUGUUUUUAAGUGCCUUGAUAGGCUCACUUCUGAAGUGCAAAGCACAGAUAUAGGACUGAGCAGAGCUUGAAACAAUAUUAGAAUUUCUAUCUAGGGCACUUACUUGUGCAUGGUGUAAAGUAAUCUGUUAUAAAAGCCAUAGUUUACUCAAGUUGAUGAUGUCCUGCUUUUACUACAUUGAAAAAACAUAAUUUGUAAAAUUGUGCAUGUAGAACAUAAAUGUAAGACAACAACAAUUAUUUCUUAAUUAUUUUUGACAUAAUUUGUAAAGGUGUGCAUGUAGAACAUAAAUGUGAAACAACAAAAUUCUUAAUUAUUUUUGAUAUUGACUAAUAUAUUCUGUUCAACAGAUGUUUAAAGUUCUACAAGCAGGUCUUUUUCCAUCUCUCAAUAUCUGUGAUAUUAAAAUUUGAGGAUGUUGAAAUGUAAUAGCUAUUGCAUUUCAGCUUCUUUCUACAUGUUAAGUGCACUGUAAGUGUAAAACUUCAGGUUAUUUAUGGAAUUGCCAUCUUGAGAAAGGAUGCUGAACUGUGAGGUUUCCUAGCAGUUGCCAAAUGAGCCAUAAGUGCAGAAUCCCCUUGUACAUCAAAGCGGAGGGAAAAAUGAGAAGGGUUAGUGGCAGGCAUUAGUUUGUUUGGGAAAUCAAAAGAGACAGGAUUAAGUAUGGGGAGUCAGAUUCUAGAAAGUCCCGUUUUAAAACCCUGGAAUAGAAUGGUGUUUAUUACUUAUAAACAGUCUUGAAGACUUCCUUUUAGAAGUCAGCUUCCAUGAGAAGUUAAAAAUAAAUACUUAGUUUUAGGUACAGACAUUCAACAUGGAAUUUAAUGACUAUUUGGGGGGAAAUUAAUUACUUUUUAGCAUUUCCAUUCAGUGAAUGGAUCUGAUAUUUGCCUGUCAUUUUAAAUGAUACACUACUUUGAUUAUUGGUGCAGUUUGAAGCAUCCUGACUUAUUUUUCCACUGUGAAAUCAAGUAAUAAAAAUACUAGCUCGGUAGUUAAUAACUUUUAAAUUUCAGUUGACAUGACAUUCUGUUGAAUUGCCAUCAUCAAUUACAAGAUCGGGGAUUUGGUUUUUAGAAUUAAUAUUGAGGUUCCCCCAUCAGGUUUGUUCUUGAGAAAUACGCUUUUCAGACUCUGAGUUUUAAUUUUGUCAGUUUGGAUAAAUUGUUUCCUUCAAUUCUCAUUCUCUCUCUGUCUCUGUCUGUGGUGUGUGUGUGUGUGUGUGUGUGUGUGUGUGUGUAGUUAGAGACACAUACCUUUCCUCUAGUAAAAUAGAAAUGCUUGCUGUGAAUUUGUAUGCAUAUACUUAGUGGAAAAGAGGCUAAAACGAAGUAAAUUUGGUUUUGUCAUUAACAAGUGAACAAUGAUAGAAUUGAAUGCCCUUGCAAUUAUGAUCACUAGGAACUGCCUUUUUCUCCAUUUCAUUUCUGUGAUGGCCAUUGCUCACCAAGUACCAAUAAUAAAAGGAACAAAAGAGCUUGGAAAAGGUAGAUAAUACUGGGCAUUUAUUAGUAGUGCUUAUUUAUGAACUGACAGCUAACUGAUUUUCUUAAAAUAAUUUUUUUAGUAUCUAAAUAGGUAAUAUCAAGCAUUAUGAGUUGCUUUAGAAUUCUGAUGUUUGAGUCCUCUCUGUACAGGAAAUGAAGCACAUAAUUACUCACUGAAAGUCUUCCAUAAUGUAUUUGACUUCAUAUCAGCCUAGUAACUAGGGGCUUCCAUAGUGAGAGAAGAGUGAGAGGUUGUUUCUGGUCCUUUAAGCCUUACAUACAGUACGCUGUAAGAAUGGCAAACUGUUCCUAGAAACUAGUGGUUCCUAGUGGAGGGACUUAGCUUCCCACUACCCUAGGUAGGAGUUAUUUUCACUGUGCCAGAAUCUCAGGUGCCACGGUUCCAGGUAGUCCCUCGAUUUGGGGAAAUAAGGAGAUUGUGUGUGUGUGUGUGUGUGUGUGUGUGUGUGUGUGUGUGUGUGUGUGUGUGUAGAAAGAGGAGAAGUUCUUCUGGGGAAAGGCCUGGCAUGUGUACAUGGUGGUAGAUGGCUAUAAGUAAGGAAACACUAGAACAAAAGAGAAAGUCAGUUUAAUAAAAACUUGCUCUGAAAGUAAAAUGCCCUGUUAUAAAAUAAGGAUGAAAGUUUAUUUUUCAGAGCUUGCUUAUACAUGUCUGUUAGAUUCUUUUUAGAUCUGUUAAUUUAUAAAUAAAUAAUUAUCUCCCCUUUCUUUGUUUUUGAGACUGGGUCCCUCUAUGUAGCCCUGGCUAGCCUGGAGACCAGGCUAUAUAGACCAGGUUGGUCUCAAACUCAGAGAUCCCUUGCCUCUGCACCCUACAUGCUUGGAUUAAAGGUAUGUACCACCACACCUGGCUACCCCAUUUUUAUACAGUUAUAAAAGUGCAAGUUGUUUUUUCUCAUUCUUGCAUAAGCUCAUCCCAUACAAUUUGAAUGUAGUAUGUUACUAUUAUAUUGUUAUCCACAGUGCUUUGGUUAAAUGUGGACAUGAUGAAAGAAGUUUUAGGACUGAUUUAGUUGUCAGAGCAGUGGUGGUAAAGAGACACCCACUGAAAUGUUUGUCGUUAGUAGUAGGAGGUGCUGCUGGCCGCGUUCACACUCUGAUUGGUUCUUCCAGUUCCCACAGAAGCCAUGCCCUUAGACUGCCCCAGACAGUGAACAUGUGUGUGUGGGUGGGUGGCUUUGGAGCUCUGUAUACCUUGAAAUGAAAGAUUUAGGUGGUUGCCGCUUUGUAACUCUUAGUCAUUGUAAAUUGUAAAUGGGUAGCAGAGUCUAUUUUUAAUGUCUAUUUCUGACUGCGUUACUACCUGGAUCAUCAGGAUGGAUGAAGCACUACAGUCCCUUCCCAGAAGAUAGAAAUAUGGAUAUUUAUAUUUUGCAUAUGUAAUUACUAGAUUCCAUUUUAUGUAAUGAGCAUUUUCCUUACGUAUAGGAAAAGUAGUAAAACGGAUUUCUUUUAUAGCUUUGUCUACACCCUCUCUGAGAGAGGUUUUGAAUAACCACUGAAAUGGUAGAUUAUGUGAGCUACAAAUAUUAAGUUGUGGAACUUCCUUUUAAAAUGAGUAUGUUGUGUGUUAAUUAACAUCCAAAUGAGAGUUGACUUUCAAAGCAGUUCUCUUUGGAGCACUGUUUAUUUCAGCUAGGUUGCAAAGUAUGUUUCUAGAGCUUGGUAAUGUGUCAUAGGUGCUUUGAGAAUUGGCUUAUGACUAUGUAAGAAAAAUCAGUUUCAUCUUUUUAGUUGCACAAAAACAGUUUUCGAAGCUUAGUAGAACCCACAUUAAUUACCAAAUCAAAUUCACUAACUUGGCUAUUCUCUGAGUACCAAGCCAGUGUGGUAAUCAAGAGUAUAUUUUAGGCUCUAAAUCUUCAGAGAAGACUGCUACAGACAUUGACUGCAUAUCAGAAUAGAAGAAUAGUUUCCUGAUGUCACUAUUGCAAGUGGGAACCAUCAUUUACAUGUGAAAACAUUUUUUAAAAGAGAUUCAGUUUAAUUACUUUGCAUUUAAAUAGCAUUUUAAAACUAAGGUCUUUCUCUAGACCUUGAUUUCUGUUUUUCCCCUCCCUUUUCCUUAAAACCUUUGAAUUGUGUAAGACAGUUUUUAUUGAGAGAAUAGUAGGGAAACAUGGAUCCAGUUUUUCAAACAGCAACUUAAAGAAACAAAGCCUUUACCUGUUUUAUUUUAAACAGGUUUUUCUUUCAAUCUGACUUUAAAGACUGGAUAUUGAAAAUUGGAAUAAAUUUUACUAUUUAAUUAUGCCAAGUUUUAGCCUACCUAUCAUGAAUAACAUUUAAAAUCAUGUAAGUAUUCAGCACAUAUCAUUAAAUUCUGAUUGUCCUUUGACUAUAUACUGGACCAAAAGUUUAUUUGUAAUUUGAAAUGUGAUUGCAUACUAGAUAAACACCUUAUUUUGAAACUUACUUGAUCUGUUAAAGAAUAUACCACUUAUAAACUCAGCUCAGUCUUUAGGACUUUGCCAUAACAUAGAGAUUUGCCAUAGGGGCCACUGUUACCAGCAUGAUUAUAUGUGAGUGAUAAAUAGAGUAGAGGUCUGUUUCAAGAUUUAAUAGGGAAAGUUCAAUAUUAAACAAGGAACACGCAGCAGGAUUCUGAAUGCAAAUGAUUGGAAUUUUUAAGGUUUUCCUCAGAAGUUAAUCUGUGAGAAUUCAUUUUGAAGGUCUAAGACUGCCAUGCUCUCUGUCUACCACUUAUAGUUGGACUUACUUAUAUUCUGACAAAAGAAAAAAUGCAAACUAAAAUAUUUGGUCCUCAGUUUUGUAAGUGUGAUGCAAGUUCCUGGUGCAGGUUUCCCUUCCCCUCCCCUCCCCUCCCCUCCUUCUCUUUUGCACAUAUUGCUACACAGUUCUCAAACAUGCAGUAAGUGAAAUCACUGGCCUCCAUAGAUUUGUGUUUUCCUACUCGGCAUCUGUCGUACGCUCGCUCACAUGCACUCACAACUGAUUUACAGUUCGUUAGUCAUUCUGAAGUGUUGUCCACACAGGUUUUCUUGUUUGCUGGACAGUCUCUUUAUGUCACCAAAGCUGCAGUUACUGGUGAUGUCAAGUGACGGUUUCCUAACUUCUCCCUCAUAAUUAUUCUUAAAGGUGGAUAGUUCUUGUCGUUUUGCACAAAUUUGCAUUUUUGUUUCUGAAAUAGUUGUAUAGGUUGAAAAAUAUAUCAGUGCAUUUUCAUUUCAGAACACUUCUCCUUAAAUUGUUUUGCAGAAAUGACUAUUUUUAGGGAAAAUACUUUUUUACAGCUACUUAUUUGUUAUUUUUGUAUAUGCAUAACCAGGGUGGUGAAAUCACUAAUAUUUUACGGAAGACCUUUACUCUAUUUGAUUUUUUUCCCUAUACAUUUAAGAUAUUACUUAAAAUUAUUAGUAGAAAUAGUGUCAUGAAAACAGCCAAUAAUAAGGAACACUUAAAGUCAGAAUAGAAAUCAUUUCUGAAGACAAAAAUCCGAAAAACUGCCAGUACCAAGUAAUGGAAGCGGAAGGACAGCAUUUGAGUUGUGCACUUGCUUAAGAGAUGCACAGAGACAAGAGUCUGUUCUCAUGAGGGGACAGGUCCUCUAGUCAGGUAGUUAGGUGGAAGAAAAUGGUCUGAAAUAUGAAAUACAACGUGGGCGCCAUAUUGUAAGUUGUGCCAAGAUUAUGCAAAUUGUAGUUACUGAUCAUAGUUUAAUUGCUUCAUUAUUGUUAUUUUAAAGGAAAUACUGAAUGUCAGAAAAUCUGUAAUAUGUUUUAUUUGAGAGAUGUAAAUAAUGUAUACAGUCUUAUAUGUGGUGGAAUGGGAGGUAUUUAAAUUCUAGGUUUUUCUUUUUUGUAAGAAAGAAAAUGUUUAUAAGAAAAAAACCUUAAUAAAUAGUUAUGUUUGGCCACAAA